ACCUUUUGCAAUUUUUUUCCGGUAAUUUCAUACGUGGAGUAAUUUGAGAAGCUUCGUUGACUUGUUAACUACUAGUUGCUGAAGUCUUUAUGUGACAAUAAAUUGACAUACCAUUCAUUUUUUGUGUUGUUGAGAGGUGUUGCCAACAAUUUCGUUAUAAAUAAAAGAUAUGGGUAAAGAGAAGAAGAAAAGUCAAUGGGGGAAGAAUGUAGUUUUAUUGAUGGUGGUGGCAGUAUCAGCUGUAGCCGUCGGUGCUUUCUACAACCUAGGGUCGAGUAAUACCUUUACAACAGAAACAAGGAAAAUGAGAGAGGUUGUUGAAUCAUUUGAGCAAACUGUCAAAAAAUCAAAACAACAAGCGACAAAUGAGAAGAAAGUAGCAGAUAGUAAGCUAAAAUUCGAACCAGAGAAGGAGAAAAUAGAACGAAGUGAAGAUAUUGGUGUUGAUAAACAAAAUACCAUAAAAAAAGAGUCCGUAUCAGUUCAAACUGAAAAAAAGACAGUAAAAGAUUCAAAGCCAAAUUCUAAAGAAGAUCCAAUGACAAAGCCAAUAAAUGUUAUAAUAACAUUUACAAAAGCCGGUUAUAAUAUAAGAUUACAACAGAAAUUUAGGCUAACUGUCUCAUCUCUAUUGGAACAUUCAAAAGCUUUUGUUAAAUUACAUAUUCUAGGAGAUCCUGAGAGUCAAGUUUUAGGUGCUGAAAUAAUUGAACAGGAAUCGAAAAAGACUAAAAACGAUAAAUUUGAGCUAAUCAAACUCGAUAUUGAUGACGUCAUAGCGAAAUUAAAUGAAAUUGUUCUUCCAAUGCAAGAUCAUUUUAGCUCAAAGUCUGGUUCAUAUUAUAGCGACGCUCUAUUCUUCUUAUCGAUAGCUAUUCAUAGAAUUCUACCACAAAGCUAUGAUAAAAUCAUAAUGCUGGAUUCAGAUUUGAAAUUCGUUUCAGAUAUUGGAGAAUUGUACAAGUUAUUUAAUGAAUUUAAGAAAGAAAAUUUGAUAGGGAUCGGUUAUGAUUUACAGCCGGUCUAUAGGCAUACAUUCUGGGAGUAUAGAAAUAAGAACCCCGGAACAAGAGUUGGUGAACCGAAACCUGAGGGAUUACAAGGUUUUAAUAGCGGUGUGCUACUGAUGGACUUGAAUAAAUUACGUGCGUCAACUCUCUACAAUUCUUUACUAAAUAAGAAAUCCAUGACUGAAUUGACAAAAGAGUUUCUCUUCCAAGGACAUUUAGGGGACCAAGAUUUCUUUACUCUGUUAAGCAUGAAAUAUGAAAAUUUGUUUUAUGUUCUACCUUGCGGAUGGAAUAGGCAAUUAUGCGAAUGGUGGAAAGAUAAGGGAUACGAAAGCGUUUGGGAUAGUUAUUUCUCCUGUGAUACUCCUACUCAUAUUUAUCAUGGAAAUUGCAAUACACAAAUUCCAUAG